AUGUAUCAGCGCAAAUUGCGGACUGUUACCCCCCCGCUCUGGUUUGAGGAUUUGUAUUUGGUCUGUGUUUUGUUGUCCUUGGCUCAAUUGCAAUGGCGGAAGCGUCGAACGCCACGACCGAAGACCUUCAUGGCGCGGUUGCUUGUAACCAAUAAAUCCGACACCACAUUUGCGCACAUCUUUCAAGCUGAUAUACCCCACGAACUCCUCGAUGCCCUCAACGAUCCGAUACUUGACAUGGAGAGCUUUAUGUGGCCAAUGAUCGAGCAUCUUCGGAUCCCAUUUCAACCGUAUGCGAGCUUUGCCAAACGGAUUAUUUUGCAGUUGGUGGGCUAUGAGUACAGUCCUGCUGUCGAACCUCAAGCUGAGGUAGUGCAACGAGGAGAGAAGCGGAAGCGUGAUGAGUCGGAUGCUGUGGGACAAAGGAGGAAUGUUUAUCAACACAAUCAAGUCUGA